AUGGGAGACUCCGGAAGCGGUAGCAGCAGUAGCAGGCAGGCUGCCUGUCUGGCCUGCAGAAGAACAAAGACAAAAUGCCAUCGCGAGCUCGGAGACGCGACCUGCAGACGGUGUCGCCAGAAAGGCGACGAAUGCGUCAUCACGUCCCAUCACAUCGGUAGGCAGAAGGGCACGAAGAACAAACGGACUGGGCUCGACAAGGUCAUCUACCAGGUCGAGCAAUGCAUUCAGCAGAUGAAGGCCGGCAUCAGUGCCGACGAGACUGAUCCGCAGCUUCUCCAUCUCCGAGAUGCCGACACGUUUUUUGACGUGGGUGAAUAUCUGUCUACGUCUUCGGACGCACACGUCGAAAGCCAGCUACCGCAAGAUGACGCGGCUUCCGAGAUAUCUUCUCUGGGUUCUCACACGCCUGGCCCUACGCCGGUCGAUUUUCCGUUGAACGAUGCGGAAAACCCGCUCCAGUUACUCGCCCACGCUUCUGACCUGUCACGCUCGAGACUAACCCAACAGGAUGUCAAUCGAAAUAACGAUGCUGGACAGGGUUUCUUUCGGCCCUUGAAGCCCAAACUUGACGUUGGGCCUGAUAUGGAUCCGAUAGAGCUGGGGCUCGUCACACAAGCCGAGGCCGAAGAACUAUUUGAGUACUUCUACACACACUUGGCACACACGAGAUGGGGACUCGACCGAAGCAUACAUACUUUGUCUUUUGUACAAGGGAGGUCGUCCUUUCUUUUCGUCUCAAUUUUAGCUGCUGCGGCUCUUUUCAUCCCGUCAGCCGACGCAAUUUCAAAGCGGCUCUCCGCUCAUUGCAGAACCCUCGCGCACAAAGCGAUGGUGGAACGCUACCGAUCCGUCGAGGUUGUUCUUGCGUUCAUGGUCAACGUUCCAUGGCUAUCCUUUGGUGAACACAUUGCAGAUGAUGAGACCUGCGCGUACCUAGCCUCUGCAUUGACUAUUGCAAUUGAUCUCUCGUUGCACAAGACCGUCAAUCCCUCCCCGAACAACACAUUUAACGCGAACCUACAGAGAGGCUCGGGAUCUGACUGCAUAGAUGCGAAGAAGGCACUCGCCCUCGAUGGUUUCGAGUCCGUGGAACCAUCUUCUGCGAUAGGUCGAAAGCUUUUACGACGACGAGAAAGGACGUGGCUAUCGUUGUUCGUUCUGGAUAGAGGCGUCUGCUUGGCGCGGGGACGCGUUCCUGUAGUGCCCGUAACCUUCCUCGUACAAAGAUGCGAUACCUGGCACAUUUCCGACAUUGCCGACGUCUGGGACAGCUCAAUCGUUUCGAUUGCGGUAAUGAGGCGAGACCUUGACGUCCUUAUCACAAGCAUCAAGUUGAGUUGCGACACCUUCAUCCCAGGCGUAAACUCGUCCUCAGAUACGGUCGAAAGGAUAAAAAUCACAAUCGAAAACUUCUUCAACCAAUGGCACCGCAUCUGGGCGUACGCGCAACAACCAACACCGUCCUACGCCCUCCCGCCCUACGUCCAGAUCCUCGUCUCGCACACCCGCCUCUCAACUUACAGCAGCGUAAUAAACCACCCCACGGCCUCCCCACCCGUCCGUCGUUUCUUCCGGGCGGCUGGCCUCGCCGCCGCGCUCAACGUCAUGCGCGCUGCUGUGCGUGGAGAGAAAGAGCUGGCGUCGAUGCCGAAUAACACGGCGAUCAUGGUCGCGUUUGCGGCGUGCUUCACACUGCGGCUGUGUGCGCUGGGCGUGGGCGUGAGCGUGGGACUGAAGGGCAGCGUGAGGCGGUUGGUAGAGGAGACGGCGGGGGCGCUGGAGCGCAUCGGUGGGACUGGAGAGGGGGUGGGGCGGCGGAGGGGCGUUGCUGGCUUGCUGGGUGGGCGGAUUUGGGGGGUGUUGGGACGGGGAGGGGGGAGGGGAGGGGAUGUGCUGCGUGUGACGCGGACGGAGAAGCGUGCGCCGGACGGGAGGGAGACGGAUUUCUUGAGCUCGGGGUGGGGGACUGAGGUGCGUGAGUGGGUGCCUGCGCCGAGGGCAGAGCCUCCGUCGUUGUUGUUUUCCGCGAUGGCGGACUGGGAGAUUGAUGCUGCGGUGCAGAGUGAUCUGAUGGAGUUGCGGUCGGGAGAGGGCGAUUCGGAGGGAGAGGGGGAGCUGGGGCUGGAGAUGCCGGUUGGCGGGCCGGAUCGGCUGGACUGGAUGGACUGGCUGGAUUGGUCGUAUAUGUGUAGUUCGUGA